CAUAGGAGUAAGCGCCGCAACUGGCAUGUGAGCGGAUCUGUAGUAUCGUGGUAAAAUAAUUAUACAAAAUCCCAUACAGAAAUCACUGGAAAAAAUGGAAACGCUCCUCCGCGUCGAGACCCGGGACCCGGAGGGUCAGCGGCGCUACCGACGCGCCCGCAUGCGCGCUUGGGAACAGCGGGACCCGCUCACGACGUAUUCCGAGAAUGAACGGUUUACGAUUGGGCUGUGCGCGAUCUUCUUCGUGUGCGUCAUCGACUGUCUGUCUUCCGGGCUGCAUCAAACCAUUCUGCAGCAACUUGACUAUCAGCACCACUUUUCGCUCUUGCUGUUCUGCAACUUUAGUUUGGUUUUCUUUUGGUUUUUUCACAUGUUGCACCUCUGGUCCAUGUCCAGUGCAGUGAUCAGCAGCAGUGCGCAAGCGAGAAUAACAGCGGCGACCGCGACCUCGUCGAAGGCGGAUAUUCCUCUUGCGCAGCAGCAUCAAAUUAUGGCCACAUCCGCCUCUGCGUCGACCGCAUCACAAUCUUGGCGAGGUAAAGGGAGAAAGCGCCCAGAGGAUGGCGUUUCUGUACCUGGCGACGACGACGACUUUUACUACCUGCGGCGGAGCCAGCCGGCCAAGAAAAUGCUCAAAACCGGACCGAAGCCAGUCGCUGCUGAAGGUGAAAGUAAACCAAGCGACGACUUGCUCAUUGAAUCGGAUCGAGAAGAAGAUGCGAACGACGACGACAUUCUUCACAGACGACGUGGUCGGUCCAUCUAUAAUGACGCCACAAAUACGCUCCAGCACAGAACGUCCUCCACUUCCCUCGCAAAUCUGUCCAGCUCCAGUGCCAGUUCCUUCCCCGGACUUAGUCCCAGGUGGACGUCGCAACAUCAUGCUAGCACGGCGUCGGUGCUCGUUUCUUUGCCGGGGCAGUUGACAAGGUUUCAUUACCGCGCUUCGGAGGAGCACGUACACGAUCUGUACGACGACUACGACGCCGUGUAUCAGGACAGUACGACAGAAGAGUUUUUGCUACUUUCGGCGUCGAACAGAAAAACCACUUCGGCGUUUGGUGUGCAGGAGGACCGCAGGAAGCGUGACCACCCUGACCGCGAACAAGUACAGGCUGAGACGUCGACUCCGUCCUCUGGGGCGCAAGAACUAAAGCAAAGAGUAGGUCCAGCUGCCGUGCGGCUGAAAGUAAACGCUGGCUUCAUGGCGGAUCGACCUACAACCCCAGUUUUGAUGUCUCCCGCCGGAAGCUCGGCAAUUGGAGAGGCGGAGGGCGAAGCGGCAGAGCGGCCGACGGUCUUCUUGCUGGCGGACGAAGUGGUUGAGGCGGUGGAGGCCGCCAAAAGGGUUGAGGGAGCACCACCGCCUCUUCUUCCCGCCGUUCAAGCGCAGCAAAUUAUCGCUUCAUCUGCGACGACGAUGUUGACGGGACAACGAGAAGCAGUGACCGGGGACAAGGAGUCCGAGGAAUCCGAAUCGAAAAAACCGAAAGCAGCUGCAGCUGGUCCAGUCCAUCGCGUACCAGCUUCUCCAGAUUCUGGUCUUGAAAUAAUUUCUACCAUGAACACGAAGGGGGUCGGCUUUGAUUCGAUUGCAGAUGAAGCAAC